AAUCACCAAAAUUACGACUUUCCCAACCAUUUCCUUUUCCUCUGAGUCGUCGUCGUCGCGUUGUUCCUCACUCGUUAGAGACUCCGACUAUACUCCUCCGCAUUGCCAUUGCCUUAUGCUUCCAUCUCUUCCUGAUCCACUUUGAGUUCAUCCUUCCUACAACUGAGGACGAAUCCUAACAUGGCAUUCAAGUUGGAUCUGUUCCUUUUCACGGUUGCUCUCAUCCUUUCGCCUGUAUUUUCCGAUCUGAUCUUCUCCAAGGUUGAUCGCCGGAUUGACUUGACUUCUCAGAUUGUUCGCGUAUCUUCAACUAUAAGGGUAGAAAAUGAGGGGACUGAUGUGGUGUCUGAAGUAUUGUUAACCUUUCCCGAGGAACAAGCAAAACACUUGGCUCAUAUUCAAGUAACAUUGAAUGAAAGAAAAGGGAAACCCAAAGGAUCUGCUAUAAAUUUCCCUGUCGAUGUUGUUUAUCCCAAGGAAAUGCCUCCAGAAUUGAAAUUUUACUCGGUAUCUCUACCAAAGGGAUUAAACCAGGGUGAAAGCUUGACUUUUGAUGUCUUGGCUGUUUACACCCAUGUGUUGCAUCCAUUCCCAGAGAAAAUCACCCAGGCUGAUGUUCAGUUUGUAGUGUUUCUUGACACUGCAUACUUUUUGUCUCCUUAUUCUGUCAAGGUCCAGUCACUGAGUGUUAAAUUGCCUGAAGCAAGAAUUGAAUCUUAUACAAAAUUGGAAAACACGAAGACUCAUGGUUCUGAGAUCAAAUAUGGUCCUUAUGAGAAUCUGCCCCCAUAUUCAGUGAAACCCAUACGCUUUCAUUUUGAAAACAACAGUCCAUUUCCUGUUGCUCAAGAGCUUGUCCGUGAGGUAGAGAUUUCUCACUGGGGCAGCAUUCAAAUAACAGAGCAUUAUAAUCUUGUCCAUGGUGGUGCUCAAAGUAGAGGGGAAUUUUCCAGGCUUGAUUAUCAGGCCAGACCUUAUGCAAGAGGGGCUUCAGCAUUUAGAAAUCUUGUUGCAAAACUACCACCAAGAACUCAUUCGGUAUACUAUAGGGACGAAAUUGGAAACAUCUCUACAUCUCAUCUAUGGGGUGAUUCUAAGAAGACUGAGCUGGAGAUUGAACCUAGAUAUCCAAUGUUUGGUGGUUGGAGAACUUCUUUUACCAUUGGAUAUGGUUUGCCACUUCAGGAUUUUCUAUUUCAGGAUCAGGGAAAACGCUUUCUUAACAUCACUUUUGGUUCUCCUAUAAAUGAUGUUGUGAUUGAUAGGCUCAUUGUCAAGGUUGUUUUACCCGAGGGCUCCAGAGAUAUGUCUGUGUCUGUUCCAUUUUCUCAUAAACAGUGGCUUGAGACAAAAUUUUCACACUUGGACAUUGAUGGUAGACCAGUUGUUGUACUGGAAAAGGAAAAUGUUGUGCCGGAGCAUAAUCAGCACUUCCAGGUCUACUACAAGUUCAACUGCAUUUCAAUGCUCAGGGAGCCUGUGAUGUUGAUUUUUGGAUUCUUUAUCCUUUUUGUCUCAGGCAUCAUUUAUAUGCAUUCUGACAUGUCAAUUUCGAAGUCUUCUGCUUCUUAUUUAGCUAAGUUACAAUGGGAUGAGGUGCAAACUGUGAUUCAACAAGUUCAGAAUAUUAUCAACAGAUGCUUAACCAUACACGAUAAAUUGGAAGCAUCAUUGCGUGAUCUUUCUCGGACUGGUGACAUCCAAGCUUGUAAAGCAGCUCGUAAAGCAGCUGAUGCUUCAUUGAAAGAGCUUUUAAAAGAGUUGAAGCCUUUGAUUUCAUUCUUGCAAUCAUCCCAGCAGGCUACCCAUAUAUUGCCCAAGGUGGAAGAGUUGGUGGCCAAGGAGAGAGAUCUGCAGGAGAGGCUGAUUGUGAAACACACGACGGUGGUGGACUGCUAUGAGAAGAAGUAUGGGGGACGUGAAAUUGAGAACAGGGUUGCUUCACAGCAGCAAAGAAUUACAGCCUUGAGGCAGGAAGUUGACGAUCUACUUGAGUUUAUCGAUGAAAUAUAAUGAAUUGGCAGUGUUAGCGUAUUCAUCUUCACAGCCACGUAAUGCCUAAGAUAGACUGGCGAAUGUUUGUUUCAGGUUCAGAAUUUUGUUGUGCUUUAUUUAGAGAAUUUGGUUAACCUUCUAAAUUAUGAACCUGUAAACUGAUGACUUGCAAUGUUUUGAAUUUUGAUCGAAUUAGAAAGAAUAGACCUGGAAUAGAGAGGAUGCUUUGUUUACAGAA